UCCGGGGUUUGGGGCUGGGACUGCCGCCCUCUGAGCCCAGUGAAAGCAGCCAAGGGAGGAGGCGGGGCUCUGGCGAGUUCCCCUUCCACCUUCCCCCACCCUUCUUUUCCAACCUCUGUAAGGCCCCUAGCUUGAUUCCAGCCUUUGCUGCAGCUGCUUUCCAGGCGUUUGCAGGACUCAAACAACUACAGCCGCUGUUCCCAACCAAGAUGGUGAUCCGUGUGUAUAUUGCAUCUUCCUCUGGCUCCACGGCGAUUAAGAAGAAACAGCAAGAUGUGCUUGGUUUCUUAGAAGCUAACAAAAUAGGAUUUGAAGAAAAAGAUAUUGCAGCCAAUGAAGAGAAUCGGAAGUGGAUGAGAGAAAAUGUACCUGAAAACAGUCGACCAGCCACAGGGUACCCCUUGCCACCUCAAAUUUUCAAUGAAAGCCAGUACCGUGGGGACUAUGAUGCCUUCUUUGAAGCCAGAGAAAAUAAUGCAGUGUAUGCCUUUUUAGGCUUGACAGCCCCACCUGGUUCAAAGGAAGCAGAAGCUCAGGCAAAGCAGCAAGCAUGAACCUUAAACAUUCUGCCUUAAGCAUCCUGACAAAGGAGUCUCCACUGCUUUUUAUAAAAUAGCAAAAUUAUCUUGGCUUCAAAAGAAAUAGGCUUAAUGUUGAAAUAAUAGAUAGUUGUUGUUUUCACAUGCAAACAAUCAAAAUGAAUACAUAAUUAAAAUGUGAACAUUAUGAUGAGGAGAAUGGGAGAUGAACUUAAAAUUUUAAGAGGUGUCAUGGAAUAGUAUUGUUGUCUGCUAAGGCAUUUUAUGUACUUCAGUGAUUUUAAAAAGCAAACACCUGUUCCCUUUUUUGAUAUUAUUAUUGCAGCUUAAGUAUAUCUGUAACUCUACAUUAAGUAACUUUAAAAGAUGAGUGAGAAAGAAUCUGUCUCUUGUUCCCAAAUUGCCUCAAUUUUAGUGAACAAAAAUAUGUACCUUUUUGAUGUGAAAUUAUUGUGAUUAAAAAGUAGUUGCAGAUAAUGUUUAUGAUAUGUCAGACAUUGUAAUUUCUGAUGGUAAUUAUAACAUUUACAUUCUUUUGUAGUUAAAACUUCUAUGUACUGAACCACAGGUUUUCUAGGCUUCUAAAUGUAGCCUUUCAUUGCAUGUUUCAGUGAUCGGAACAGAUGACCUCCCACCAAAAUAAAGAUGUAUUCAGUUGACAAAUUUCUUGCUUAACUACACAGCUAUGAUGCAAUCAUGUUACUAAGUUGCUUGCCCCAGUGAAAUAUGCAUAUGUAUGCUAUGGAAGUAUGAUGGCAAAUAAGUUAAAAACGGCAUCCUUUUGCAAAGAGUUCAGACUUUUUUUUUUUUUUUUUUUUUUUUUUGUGGUACGUGGGCCUCUCACUGUUGUGGCCUCUCCCAUUGCGGAGCACAGGCUCCAGACGCGCAGGCUCAGUGGCCAUGGCUCAUGGGCCUAGCCACUCUGCGGCAUGUGGGAUCUUCCCGGACCGGGGCACGAACCCAUGUUCCCUGCAUCGGCAGGCGGACUCUCAAUCACUGCGCCACCAGGGAAGCCCCAGAGCUCAGACUUUUAAUUAAAUAUUUUAAAAUAGGCUGGAACUCAUUUUUCCCCUUUUAAAACCACUUGUGAUCACGAAUGCCACUAUCUCUCAGAUAUUUAAUCUUUUGGUUUCAGCUUAGGCAUAUAUUGUAUGAGUACAUUAAUCUAAGCAGAGAAAAUCUUUUCUAUGCCUCUAUUCCAGUGAAUAGCGUAAGUAUCAGAUAAAAGGAUCAAUUUAAAAAAUGUUAAUUUUGAAAACUUCUAAGAAGAUAAGAAACAUUAUGGCCUAAAUCACCCAGAAGACACAUAUAUUGUACUUUAGUUCCACAUUAAUAUUGUACUUUAGUUUCACAUUACUAAAAGCAAACACCUUUUACUUUAAAUUACUUUAUCAUAUCAUUUGAUGUAUGCAAGUCUGUGCUCUUUGCCAAAAUCAAUAUACAAUGAAGACAUGGCUUUGUUUACUGAGAUUCAAACAUGAUGCAAUGCUUUAAAAUAAACUCAGUACUGUCAGAAACAUAA